AUGGUAGUGUCAACUGGAAAUUUCAACAUUGAUUUCCACGUGGCAUAUUCUCCCGACCACGUCAAUACUUCGGCCGACGGUGCGUUUGACAUGCAAGUUAAGUUGAUUCAUGGUUACUCUGCAGGAACUGUUGUGACCUUCUACCUGCAAUACAAUGACUCGAUUGAUGGGGAUAAUGAGUUAGACUUUGAAUUCCUGGGACAUGGUCUUGGAAAACCAUACAUAGUUCAAACCAAUGUGUUUAUUGCGGGGCAAGGAGACAGGGAAGAGAGGAUUCACCUCUGGUUCGAUCCAACCGAGGACUUCCAUACCUACACCAUACUAUGGAAUGUUCACCAAAUCGUCUUCAUGGUGGAUGGGAUCCCAGUCAGGACUCACAGAAACAACGCCGACCAGGGACUGCCAUACUUAGAUUCGCAGCAAAUGACCCUGAAGGCCAGCCUAUGGGACGGCAGCGCCUGGGCGACGGACGGAGGCAAGCACAAGGUUGAUUGGGGAAGGGCCCCAUUCAUAGCCUGGUUCAGCAACUACACGAUCGAAGCCUGCGUGUGGGAAGGAAAAACCGACAUUUGCCGGCAAGAUGGCCCAAGCAAUUGGUGGAACCGGGAAACGUUCGCGACUCUGACGGCAGAGCAGAAGAAGUGGAUGGAGUGGGUUCGGACGAACCACCUUGUUUAUGACUAUUGUCGAGACCCCGACAGAUUCCAAAACCAGCUUCCCCCGGAAUGUUUCCUUCCCAAGUACCGGUGA